CAAGAUCAUCUUCAAAAAUCAAAAAUGAGGUUCACACUUACACGCUGGUGCUUGACCCUCUUCAUCUUUCUGAAUCGGCCGUUACCAGUUCUUCCUGACAGUGCAGAUGGCGCCCACACUCCAACACUUGAGCCGGAGCCAUUUCUCUACAUUUUAGGGAAACAGCGAAUGUUAGAGGCACAGCACCGAUGCUAUGACCGAAUGCAAAAGUUACCCCCAUACCAAGGAGAAGGUCUGUACUGCAACCGUACCUGGGAUGGAUGGUCCUGCUGGGAUGACACACCGGCUGGAGUGCUCGCCGAGCAGUACUGCCCGGACUACUUUCCUGAUUUUGAUGCAGCAGAAAAAGUUACCAAGUACUGUGGUGAAGACGGGGAUUGGUAUCGACACCCUGAGAGCAACAUAUCCUGGUCCAACUACACUAUGUGCAAUGCUUUCACUCCUGACAAACUGCAGAAUGCGUACAUUCUGUACUACUUGGCUAUUGUGGGUCAUUCUUUGUCGAUUUUGACCUUGUUGAUUUCCCUGGGGAUUUUCAUGUUUCUCAGGAGCAUUAGCUGCCAACGGGUGACUCUGCACAAGAACAUGUUUCUGACUUACGUUCUGAAUUCUAUUAUCAUCAUCGUCCACCUGGUUGUGAUCGUGCCCAACGGAGAGCUAGUGAAAAGGGAUCCGCCAAUCUGCAAGGUUCUGCACUUCUUCCACCAGUACAUGAUGUCGUGCAAUUAUUUCUGGAUGCUCUGCGAGGGGGUCUAUCUUCACACUCUGAUCGUGGUGUCCGUGUUCGCUGAGGGACAGCGCCUGUGGUGGUAUCAUGUCCUGGGCUGGGGGUUCCCGCUGAUUCCAACUACUGCUCAUGCCAUUACUAGGGCUCUGUUGUUCAAUGACAACUGCUGGCUGAGUGUGGACACCAACCUGCUUUACAUCAUCCACGGCCCUGUCAUGGCAGCACUGGUGGUCAACUUCUUCUUUUUGCUCAACAUCCUCCGCGUGCUCGUGAAGAAACUGAAGGAAAGCCAGGAGGCGGAAUCCCACAUGUACCUGAAGGCGGUGCGGGCCACUCUGAUCUUGGUGCCCCUGCUGGGCGUCCAGUUUGUCGUCCUUCCCUGGAGGCCUUCCACCCCAUUGCUUGGGAAGAUCUACGACUACGUGGUGCACUCUCUGAUCCACUUCCAGGGAUUCUUCGUUGCCAUUAUCUACUGCUUCUGCAACCACGAGGUUCAGGGAGCCCUGAAGCGCCAGUGGAACCAAUACCAGGCCCAGCGCUGGGCUGGCCGCCGCUCCACCCGGGCCGCCAACGCUGCGGCCGCCACUGCCGCCGCCGCCGCCGCCCUGGCCGAGGCUGUUGAGAUCCCUGUCUACAUCUGCCACCAGGAGCCGAGGGAGGAACCCGCCGGCGAAGAGCCGGUCGUGGAGGUGGAGGGUAUUGAGGUGAUCGCCAUGGAAGUCCUCGAGCAAGAGACAUCUGCCUGAACGUGACGCAAAUACAGCAUCGUGAUCACUGAGUCCUCACUUCCCGGGAGAAAGACCAACCUUGCAUCCAAAAUGAUUUCCAUCCUCCCCGGGGGCAAACAUCUCAUUUGUGAGAAUUAUUCAGUGAAUUUUUCCAUCGUGAACCUGAAGUAAGUUUUACUUGGUACUCUUGCUACGGGAGACAGUUUCGGAAUGGAGUCUCCCUCUGCAACCCUUGUGAACUCCUGUGAAUUCCAUCUUUCAUCCAGGACUAAGAUACAAAUGUCAGAGUAAAGCAAGCAAAGAUCCAAGUAAAACGUAAUUCAAGUUGACCUAGUUCAGAAGCAGGGUGCUCCUUGUUAACCUUGAGCCAUUUAUACCUUUGAAAAAUCAAAAUCACCGUCAGUAUUUUUUUUUUCUUUUUAACUCUGAACUUUGAAUUAGGAUAUUUCUCUAUUUGGCUAUGGAUCUGAUUUUUAAUUUUUUUUUUUAAUUUCAACCAAUCCUGAUGUUACUCAAAUGUUUUACCAUUCACAAAUUACGUGACCUCCCCAAGACAAAGUGUCUAUCUAAUAGACAGACACACUAGGUGUGCAGGGAAAAGAACUGCAUAUGGCAGGAGGAAGUAAUGCUUUUGAAUGAAAAAAAAAUUUAGAGUUCAAGUUUGCCAAUUUGUUACUGGGUUUACUAAUAUUGUCUGCUCAGCUUGGUUUUGGGUAAUCCUGUCUGUUGGGCAGGCCCCAACUGCAGUGAAGAAUUGGCUUUCAAGUUGAAUGUGCUUUAGUGACUAACAUUUAAAAAUCUGGAGGUCACAAAGAAUCCAUCACCAAAUUUUUCACAAAAACUGCCAAAAAGAUAAUUCCUAGUAUAAAAGAAUACCUACUUACUCUGGGAAAGAGAGUUUUCCACUUUCCUAAACUCCAGAAUUUAUAAAACAAAUCACUCUAAGGUUUAUAAAGCAAAUUACCUCUUGCCCUUGGGUGCUAUCUAGCAGUAAAAGAUAAAUUUGUUUAAGACUGGUAAUUAAAAGACUCCAUAUAAGUCCAUUAACUGCUUUCCACCCAGCUUCAAAGCUUAACAAGAUCUCAGCCUUUUCCAGGAAGAUUCAGUAGGACUAAUUAGAAAUCAGUUUGUAGUUGACCUCUUGUUUUCUGCUAUUAGUGAAACAGGAGGGGGGGAAAUUGUAGCUGCUUCAAAUUUAACUGUAUACUAAUUCAUUGAAAAUAAAAGUAGAGUUCCUCAUUAAAAUCCAAUAUUAUAUUCCCAUAGCUCCCUUUACCUCCUUCAAUAUAAAAAUCUCCAAAAAUCCUGAAUAGACCAAUAUCACUACUAGCACCUGAAAUUAAUUUGUGAAUUUACAACAGGAAUCAGUUACCAUUGUUUCAUCUGUAUGCUAAAUGAGGGGCUGCAGUGAAGCCCUCCACAUCUCACAUCUCAUCUUUGUAUCUUCUGCUACUGCCUUUCAGAGAUGAUCUAGUUUUGGAAAGACAAAAAAAAAAAAAAAAAAAAGAGAUUUGUUCUGGUUGUAUUUUUGGUGCACUUAAAGAAAAUUAUAUUCUUUCAGAGAAAAUGUAUUUUGGAUACUAAAG